AUGCUCGCUCUUACCUUGGCCGCAUUUGUCCGCGCAGCAGAGAUAAGUGCAAUUAAAUUUAUUAAAUAUGAUGACAAUGUCGAGAAUAUGACUUUAGAUGCUAAACCAAAUCAAGUUGUUUCUUUAGAUUUAACAGAAAAUCAGACAUUAAUUGCCAAACUCGAAGGACUUAAAGGCGAAGCAAAGCAUGCCUUUUAUGUCCUUGAGCAAGGUACAUACUCAAUUGUUGAAAACCUUCAAUCAAAAGGAACAUAUGCCGCCAAACUUAAUCCACGCGCUUUAGCAGGUCUUUACAAACAUCCAGGUGAGUAUUCACUUAAAGUUUCAAUCACUUACGAAGGUGAAAAGCCAAUUAUGACAGAAAUUGCUAAAAUCAAUUUCAUCGCCAAUGGCGAAGUUAUUGACAACUUUACAGACGUCGAAUGGGACUUCCAAAAGCCACAUGAACAACCAGGAGCUUUCCUUGUCUUCGUAUUUGAAGUAGCUUCCUUUGUUCCAAUCUUUAUCUUGUUAGUUCUUCUUUUAAUCAACGGAUGCAACUUCGGAUACUUCCCAAGAAACUUCUUCGAUGCUAUAUUCUCAAUUACUUUUGUAGUUGCUUUUGGCGGAUUCUUAUACUAUUUCAUUUAUUUCUGGAAGCAUAUUCACUUCGAGGAGAUGCUCAAGCAAUUAUGCGUAAUAUUCCCAGCUUUACUUAUCUUACUCCGCCUUGCUCUUAUUGGCCGUGCUAAGAUGGUUGCUAGAGAUGUUCCAGCCGAGGAAAAGGUUAAAACAGAAUAA